AUGCCGACACACCAAAUACCAAAGGCCCAACUGCACGUGGAGCGCAACCAGCACCGCCAUCAGCUUACGGAUCUGGAGCUGACUCAGGGCAAUCCCAAGCGCGUCUGGGCUCUUCUCUCAAGCGUCACGGCCAAAAGUGAAGUGAUAAGCCCAUCGGGGCUGUGCGCCGCAAAGACGAUACGUGAAUGUGAGCCUGAGGCUAGGGUGAAAAUUCUGGACUCGAACAAAACCGUUGGUGGUGUAUGGUCCAAAGAGAACAUCUACCCGGGCCUAAAGACGAACAAUAUCCGCGGCGGCAUCGACUUCUCGGACUUUCCCAUGCACGAUGGCUUCGGCGUACCUGAGGGCCAGCAUGUCUCCGGGGAAGCGAUGCAUGAGUACAUCAAGGCAUACGCCGAACACUUUGAUGUCUUACGGUUAAUCGAUUUCGAAUCGACCGUCGCCGAAAUCUGGAAGCUCAAGGGAAUUCAAGGCUGGAAUGUCAAACUGGGCUCAGGGGCCGAUUUGCAGGCGCACAAACUGAUCAUCGCGACGGGUGUCACAAAUGUGCCACACCGACCAGAAUUGAGUGGCUUUCAAGACUUUGGAGGUCCAAUCAUGCACUCGGCCGAACUGGGAAUGAAGGGCAGUGCUCUCACUGACGAACCCAAUGUUGAGACGAUAGCGGUGCUCGGCGGGGGAAAGUCUGCCUACGAUGCCGUCCAUCUCGCCGGCAAGGCUGGUAAGAGAGUCGAAUGGAUCAUCAGGAAAUCCGGCAAGGGACCUGAAUGGGUCUUCCCCGCCCAUACCAUGGGACCCCUCCAAGCGGUGCGAGAAAAGCUCCCGGCAAGGAGAUUCGUCUCCUUCUUCAGUCCGUGUCUGUGGAAUGACGGCUUCGGCUGGAUCAGAAACUUCCUCCACUUCACCAAGCUCGGCAAGAUCAUCUCACAAGGCUUCUGGACCAAUCUGCACAAGGCGACUCUGGACGACUGCGGCAUGAUGAAGGAUGAGAGAACCAAGGUCUUGGAGCCGGAGCAGAGCCCCUUUUGGUACGGCACCGCGUCCGGAAUCUACAGCUACGAAAAGGACAUCUACGAGAUGCUCAAGACCGGUCAAGUACGUGUUCACCGCGAAGACGUCCUCCGCCUGUCCAAAGGCGCCAUCAAUUUUGUCAGUGGCUUCUACAUCAAAGCCGACGCUCUGGUCACCGCGACCGGCUUCUCCGCCAAGUCGACCCUCAAAUUCAUCCCAGACGCCAUGCAUGCCGACCUCGGCAUCCCGUCGACCAGCUACAGCCAGGCGCAGCAUAGCUUCUGGCAGGACCUGAUCGACAAGGCCGACGCGACCCUCGCCUCCAAGUUCCCCCGUUUGGUCGCCGGACCGUUCAAAUCACCCACUUCGAGCGUGAUCCAGCCGUUCAAUCCAGGCAUGGAUCGCGAGGCCAACUACACGCCCUUCCGGCUCUACCGGGCCAUCGCGCCGCCGGGCCCCACUCGCGACGGCGACAACUCGCUCGCCUUCAUCAGCAUGUUCUCGAACCUGGCCAACACGCCGCGGUGCGAGCUACAAUGUCUCUGGGCGUACGCGUACCUCAACCACAAGCUCGACAUCGACCCGACCACGGUCUUCGACGAGACGGCCCUGAUGGCGCAGUACGCAAAACACCGCGCGCCCUACGGCCACGGCCGAUUCUUUCCCGACCUGGUCUUUGACCAGGUGCCGUACAUGGACUUGCUCCUCCAGGACCUCAAGCUCAAGUACUGGCGAAAGGGAAACUUCUUCACGGAACUGUUCAGCCCCUAUAUGGCUAAGGACUACAAGGGGAUCGUACAGGAAUGGGUCCGCAAGAAUUCGAGUUCGAAGAAGGACGAAUCGUCAAAAGAUUCAAGGACGAAAACCGAGGACGCUAGGGAUCUAGAGCGAGAGCCGCUUCUGAACGGCAAGGCGGCGUGA